AAAAGUGUAUAGAAAAGCAAAACAGGAUAUGAAUGAGGGAGUGCAGAGAGAAAGAUAAUGUUAAUUUGUGGCACCAGUUUAUCGCCAUACUGUGGAUACUUCCCAAGUGUUAGAGGUUUUCAAAGUGAGAGCAAUUGGCACAUAAAAAAUACAAGAAGCAUAAUCAGUUGCAAAUCCCAUAGUGAGAGUGUGAAAAGUUUUUCCCUUGCUACAUUCCUCACAAGUGUUGCAGUAAUAGCUUCUAUUGCAACAGCUGAUGCAACAAAUUAUGAACAGGAAGAGACUCUAUCCAACAUACCUCAAACUCUAUCUGGUGAGUGCAGAUCAGCACAAGAUUGUAAGAAAGCAAAAAUACAAAAACCAAAGUCAAGAACAGCUGAAUCUUGCACAAUUAAGUGUGUCACUACUUGCAUCAGAGGUGGUGACGGCUCUCCUGGUGAAGGCCCUCUUAAUGUCAGAAGACCACUCGUUGUUUUCAAGCAAGGUUUUCGAACUCGUCAAUACUGUUUGGUGGAAUGUUCAGAUAUAUGUAAUUUGAUAAGCAGUGGUGACAAUGGACCUUGAAUUUACAUCGUUAUCAAUAUUCAUAAACCUUGUAUGAUGUGAGAACUUCACUUAUUUUCUUUUCUUUUCACUGUGAUUUUUUUCAUAUAUAUAACUUGAAAUUGGCUCAUCUGCAAAACAUUAUAAGAGGCAAUUAUACAGCAGUUUUUUAUUUCUAAA